AUGUUAUGGCGUCGGAUACAGGCGCAGACUGAGACUAGCAGCGGUGUGCAGCACCUGGUUCCGACGUCUUUUGUAGAGCAGCCAGAGAAGCUCUGUCUUGGGUCUCGAGAGCACCGAUGUGUCAUCAAGGCGGUGUCCCACGUGAGCUCCAUCACCGACGGAGGGCAGAUUCGUGGACACGCGAGCUGCAUCAUUGAGAUGAUUGACGAUCACCGUAUCAGUUUGCACGUGUGGACGGAAGGGCGUUCGGAUCGACUGACGGGCUUCACUUUGGACCUGCGCAAUGAGAGAAGCCCAAACGCGGCCAAUCGCCUGAGUGUCGUGGAAGGGGAACCGACGUCACUUCCGUGCCCCAUCGACACGGCGAUCCGCGAACCAAUGGCAGCCGUCUGGUUCCACGUCGCCACCCAUGCCUAUCAAGAAUAUGGCGGCUCGCCUUACUACACCGACGGCCACCUGCAGGUGAAGAGGGUGUACGCGAUCGAAGCGCCAGGUUGGUCGUCCCCAACGGCGGCGGCCAGAGUAACUAAAGGCCUGGUGGACGGAACGCACUGGAAGCAGCCAUCGUGGUCUGGAAGGGCGUUCUUCUCGUUGUUAAGCGACCCGCCCGCUUUGCGGCUCAACCGCUUGGAGCGCUCCGAUAGCGGAAGCUACGUGUGCAACGUCACUUACCAUGACAACGUCACUUCCGUUGCCAUAGUGGAGACGGAGUCUCGCGUGGACCUCUUCGUAGCAGCGCAGGCAUGCCCUCCAACCAUCAAGGACAUCAGGGGCGCCACAGUAAAGGAGACAGCAGGCCCUUACGCUGAGGGCGACACAGUGCGGCUGACCUGCGAAAUAGAAAGGUGCGACCAUGACGCGACGCUGACGUGGUUCCACAACGGCACGCAACUGAGGUCGGCGCGCGGAACAGUGGCGACUUCCGACGGCGGCUGGAAGAACCUCGUCACUCUGGGUCCAUUAACUCGUCAUGAUCUGCACUCUAACGUAACCUGCAUGGCGACCAGCAACGUCUCGCUGCCGGGAGUCGCUACAGUGCUCCUUGACUUAUACCUGGCUCCAACUGCUGUAACCAUCUGGAGCUGGCCUGCUCAACAGACUGACACGCCUCCAGGUUCGGUGGAAUCGUCCAGUGCAGCUACUCAACAUUCGCUACGAAACAGGUCCGCCACCAUUGCUAAGACGCUUGGCCCGGUUCUUGCACUGUCCGACCGCGAAGCUGCGGUUGCGACAUCAUUUAGUUCGCCCUCUGGAUUCUCGAAUACCAAGAGCUUCGAGUGCGAAGCCACCGGAAGCCGACCGGCGGCAAACGUCACGUGGUUCCUGGACGGUGUCAUGGUAGACCCGGCUUUCAGUCGCAGCGUGUCCGCGGGCAACGUGACCACCAGCAUGCUCCUGCUUCCGGCGUCGGCGCAAUCGGGACGGCUGUUGGAGUGCCGAGCAAUCAACGGAAACCUACCCGAGAGCAGAGGAGUGCUGAGCCGCUUCCUCAAGGUGGACAUGUCGCACAAAACGGAGGUUGCCAUCCGCCUCGGCGUGGGCCUCAACUCCAGCAACAUCGUAGAAGGUGCGGACGUCUAUAUGGAGUGCUCGGUGCUUGCUGCUUCCAAAGUCAUCGAGGUCAUCUGGCGUCACGAGGGAACGCAAAUGAAGGGACUCGCUGGCGACGAUGGUCCGUCCGAUGCUUUGGUCACGGCUCGCUACCUCGUCAUCCGAGGGGUGACCGCCAACCAGUCCGGGCGUUACACCUGCACGGCCAACACCGCUGACGGCGAGAGCGUGGAGAGCGUUCCGCUAGAACUUCGAGUCAGACACGCGCCACGUUGCGGCGUUCGUCGAGACAAGGUCCUGGCCGUGAGGCCGAACGAGCAACUGAACGUGACCUGCGACGUGACUGCGGAUCCCGGCGAAGGGUUGUGCUUCUUUUGGAUAGCCGAGGAUGACACCGGCAAGAGGCGUCACGUGACCCGGACAGAGGGUACCACCGCCGGAACCCGAGACUCGCAGUCAGGAGAACGACUUCCAGAACUCCGGAGAUCGAACCAGCUCGAAGUUUUGGUCGAUGCGCACUUAUUUCAUGCGACGCUGCUCUGCUGGGCGAGAAACGCCGUGGGCACGCAGCGCGAGCCUUGUAGACACCGGUUUCAGAUACGACGUGAGCGAGCAUCCAGCGUAGACUGCGCUGUCGGGAACUACACGCACACUUCUUUCUCGAUCACGUGUUCUUCGCGUCGACAUGGUAGCGCCUGGAGGGGUGACGACCGCGGAGCGAAAGCGGCCAGUACCCGACUACGCUUAGACUUGUUCGAUGCGACGGCGGGAAACCGGUCGGUGCGAGGAUUCUGGGUCACCACCACCGAGACCGGCAGGGACCCGCUCUUCCUGACCGGUCUCAGACCGGCUACGGACUACCUGGUGCUGGCGAGGCUAGAGACGGAAGCAAACGCGUUCGCCACUUACGUCAGGACCCUGGUGCCGGCACAGACCCUCAGGGAACGCGGAGAGCUAGCAUCGUCAGCGAACACCGCCACGCUUCCACCCAAGGACACCACGAUCCUCAUCAUCACCUGCGUCGCUGCGGCGGCCACGUUAUGCCUAGCGGCGGCCAGCGGAGCGGUGCUGUGGUUCAAGUACCACCGGAGGAGAUCGCGGCUUCUCAACGCCGCCGCCGCUCUCAAGCAUGCCGAACACAAGGGGUACCUCGCUUCGGACGCGUCGUGCAGCUGA